UUGAGUCUAAAUUAAACAAAAAAUAAUUUUAGGAGUCAAAAUUGAAUAAUAAACGGUUUCGUUUAAUUGUAAAUAAGUUUGUAAAUAAACACAGUCGCCUAAAGGUCGCGUUUUGUUUUUUUGUCCCAAAAUGACAAAGUUUUCAAUCUCGAAAGACUACAACCCCAAUUUACAGAAAUACAAAUUGGUUUUUCUGGGGGAACAGAGUGUUGGAAAGACUUCGAUAAUAACGAAAUUCAUGUACGACAGCUUUGAUACCGCUUAUCAGGCCACUGUUGGUAUAGACUUUUUGUCAAAAACGAUGUAUUUGACCGACAAAACAGUCCGUUUGCAACUGUGGGACACCGCCGGUCAGGAGCGUUUCCGGUCCUUAAUCCCUGCUUACAUAAGAGACUCAUCAGUGGCGGUGGUGGUGUUUGAUGUGACCAGCGUUGAGACAUUCCACCAAACCACAAAAUGGAUAAAUGACGUACGCAUGGAGCGCGGAGACUCCGUCAUUGUGUUUUUGGUCGGGAAUAAAGUCGAUUUGAAGGAUUUGAGACAAGUGACUCGAGAAGACGGGGAACAAAAGGCCAAGGAAUUGAAUGUUACUUUUGUAGAGACAAGUGCGAAAGUUGGUUUGAACAUAAAACAGUUAUUUAAGCGAAUUACCGAAACAUUGGUUGUUAGUGAAGAACCUAGGAACGAUUUCAGUGAAUUACAGGAGAUUAAUUUACAGAAAAAUGGGUUGACUCCUAUUGAUAACAGUUGCGCCUGUUAAUUAAGAAUAAUUCCUUAUGAAACAUUUAUUUACAAUUAACUGAUAAUCUUAAUUAAUUAAAAAAAAUAGUUGAAUAAAGUUCUA